UUUGUUCACUCCCUCCAGUACACAAGUUUAUGCCAACAGUGAUGAUGAAGAAGACAAAGAAAAGAAGUGUGUAGAGGCCACGUAUCAGUUUUAUAUCAACAGUACUGUCAGCACUUAUGCAGAUAUGAUUGAUUGCCAGGAUUGUUCUCGCAACUUUUCAGCUGUGAAACUGAAUAGAACUAACCUGCUCUUCAUUGUUGUGGAUAAAAUAUGUGAUGACUGUGACGCUGCCUACCCAGUCAUCUCUCAAGCCCCAAGAGAGGUGAAUGAAACGGAGGAGGAGGAAAUUGUCUGCCAGUCGGCUAAGAAUCCUCGGAAAAGAGUACGAGCUUAUGAGUGCCAUCAUUCUGAUCCCAGGGAGGACUCAUCUGAAUGUGGUUGUGCAAGUCUGCAGAUUUCAUGUUUGUCAGUCUUACUGAUAAUCAUCUCAGUCACACAGCGAUGGGCAUCGACCAUCAGUUGA